AUGCCCCUGAUGGCACUCGUUCUCGGCCGCCUGACUGCCAACUUUACGAACUACGGAAGCGCCGAUAACAAGCAGUCCACCCACGACUUCAUGAAAUCGGUCCAGAAAAACGCUCUCUACUUUGUGUAUCUCUUCAUUGCUAAGUUUGUGCUUGUGUACAUUUGGAGUUUUGGCUUUGGCUAUUCGGCCAACCGCAUGGUUCAGGCUUUGCGACUCAAGUGCCUGAAUCGCGUCCUUAAUCGCACCAUCACCGCCCACGAUGCUCAUACGCCUGGAGCUCUGUCCAACACCAUCACAGUCCAUUGCAACUCCAUUCAGUCGGCGCUGUCGGACCGAAUUGGAAUCAUGAUACAAGCCUUUUCAAUGCUCCUUGCUUCCUUUGCGGUAGCAUUUUCACAGUCAUGGCACCUCACACUGGUGAUGCUGGGCCUUGUGCUUAUCACUCUUGGUUUGAUUGGAUUCAUCGUGGGAAGCGACCAGAAAAUCGAAGCGGGACUCCUCAAAAAGUAUACCGAUUGCAGUGCCAUUGCUGAAGACGCGCUUGGAAGCGUCAAGACGGUGGUGGCCUUUGGAGCUGCGCCCAAGUUUCUGGCAAAAUACGACGCGAUCCUGCAACAGGCCGAGGCAGACGGCAAGAAGAGAGGCCCAUUUGUUGGCUUGAUGUUUGCUUGCCAGUACUUCUUCAUGUUCACCGGUUGGGCUAUUGGCUUCUAUCUCGGAGCAUAUCUGUACAGGCGUGGGCUGAUCUCGGACCCUGGAAGGAUUCUCUCUGUCUUUUUCGCCAUGUUGAUCGGCUUGGGAGCCAUCAUGGCUCUAGGUCCCAACAUGCCCUCCUUUAUCAAGGCUGUCGCUGCUUCGGGGGAUGUCUUCAAAAUUCUUGACGAGACCGACACAAAGGAUGCGACAGACGACUUCGUCGUUUCGAGUCUGGGCACACGCAACGGUCAUCUGGUGAUGCGCGAUGUUUCGUUUUCCUACCCAUCGAGGCCGGAUGUCAAAGCCCUUUCCAAUGUCAAUAUCGAGUUUGUCAGCGGUACCUCGACUGCUGUGGUUGGUCCAUCGGGAGCGGGAAAGAGUACCCUCGUGUCUCUUCUGGAAAGAUGGUAUCAUCCCACGUCGGGAGUGAUCCUGCUGGAUGACUACGAUAUUACUGGAAUCGAUCCGAAGUGGUUGAGGCAGCAGAUUGCUCUCGUCGAACAACAGCCGCAGCUUUUUAACGCGUCCAUCUUUGACAACAUCGCAUACGGGCUCAUCGGCACAGAGAAGGAGCAUGCGUCUCGGCAGGAGAAGAUGCGAUUGGUGGAAGAGGCUUGCCAGGAAGCCCGGGCUCUCGAUUUCAUCCAGAAUUUGCCAAAGGCAUUUGACACCGAUGUUGGCGACCAUGGUGGACUCAUAUCGGGCGGACAGAAGCAACGCAUUGCGAUUGCGCGUGCCUUGAUCGGACGGCGCCCCAUCCUCCUCAUGGACGAAGCGACGAGCGCCCUCGACAAUGAGAAUUCCAAGGUUAUCGAGACGCUCAUGACAGCAUCUGGCGACAGGACCACCAUUUUCAUUUCGCACAAGAUAUCGUCCGCCAUGAAGGCUGACAGGAUUGUUGUCAUUGACAAGGGCCAGGUCGUUGAGCAGGGUACACACGCAGAGCUCAUGGCUGCCAGCAAGGUGUACAGAAGAUUGCAUGAUGCCCAAGUGCAGGACGAACCCGACGCCACCGAAUUUACACCCAUCGAGAGUUCCGUAGCCGAGCUCAAGCCUUUGGCCAAAGGCGCGUCUACUGUGCCGGACUCUUCCCCCAACGAGCUGGCGGAGAUUCCCGACAUUCCCAAGCGCUCGCUCUGGCAUAAUUUGUACACCAUCGCUAAAGAGCAGAAGCGUUACUUGCCCAUCCUGUUGACCGGCAUCCUCGCGGCUAUCGUCACGGCACAGAUAUUCCCAGUUCAGGCCAUCCUGCUUGGUCGAGUCAUGCAAAGCUUCCAAGGUACAGCAGCAGAGAUAUCAUCGGAUGCCAACUUUUGGUCUCUGAUGUUCUUCGUUGUUGGCCUUGGUGCUCUUAUCGCCUACGCUGUACUCGGCUUCUUUAUGACCUUGCUGGGAAUUCGCCUUACUAGGUUCUACCGUCUGGACUACUUCCGCGUCAUUCUCAGUCAGCGUAUGGAGUUCUUUGACCGUGUGUCGUCUGGAGCCCUCGUUUCGAGACUGUCGACUGACCCGGCGAAUCUUCACGAGCUCAUCUCCGUCAAUCUGGGUCUCCUCAUCUCUAUCUUUGUCAGUAUCAUCAGCGGUAGCAUUAUUGCGCUGGCUUUUUCUUGGAAGCUUGCCCUUGUCGCAAUUUUUGGUGCCAUGCCCGUUGUUUUUGCCGCCGGCUUCAUUCGCAUGACACUAGACUCGUCUCUUGCAGAAGCGACUGCCAAGGUCUUUGAAGACAGCGCACGUUUCGCGACGGAUGCACUUUCGUCUAUUCGAACGGUCAAGGCAUUCACUAUGGAAGACAAUUUGCAGAAUUCGUACCAGCAACAACUGGCUGUGACAAUGAAGAGGCUGUCGCGCAAGACGGCCAUCAUCACGCUGUUCUUUGCUUUUUCGGAGAGCGCAGAGCUGCUUGCUGCCGCAUUGGGCUUUUGGUAUGGCGGUAAGCUUCUGGGAAACGGCGAAACGUCGACGGAAAAGUUCUUUACCGUCUUUAUUGCUGUCAUUGUCGGUGGACAAGCUGCAGGCGCUCUCUUCGGAUUCUCGUCAAACAUUGGCAAGGCCAGAAUAGCCGCCAACAAUAUUCUCGGCAUUCGACAACACGUGCGUACGCCUGAAGAGGCGGCGCCGUCUCUCGACGUUAGCAGCGAGAAGGAUGCAAAUGUCGUUGUUGAUUUCAGAAACGUCUCAUUUGCCUAUCCGGCUCGCCCUAACGUCACUGUCUUGAAAAACGUUUCGUUCCAGAUCUUGAAGGGCCAGACGGUUGCAGUUGUCGGAAGCUCUGGAUCCGGAAAGUCGACACUGUUGGCCUUGUUGGAGCGUUUCUACGAUGCUCGAUCAGGUGCUCUGGAUGUCUUUGGCAAGCCGAUCUUGUCAGAAGAAGCAGAAGUCUACCGAAAGAAAUUGGCGAUUGUGCCCCAAGAGCCCACAUUGUAUCGAGGCUCGGUCCGCGACAAUAUCAUUCUCGGAGUUGAUGAGGACAGUGUGAAGGAAGAAGACAUCGUCAGUGCAUGCGAGGCUGCAAUCCUGACCGAACUGAUCGCUUCACUUCCAGACGGCUACAACAGUGAUUGCGGAUCGAAGGGGGUUGCUCUUUCUGGAGGUCAGAAGCAGCGCAUUGCGAUUGCGCGAGCGCUCAUUCGAAAUCCAGAGCUUUUGCUACUGGACGAGCCUACAAGUGCACUUGAUGCUGAGUCAGAGCAGCUGGUUCAGGAAACCCUUCAGAGUAUCCAAGGUGGUCGCACAAUGAUCAUCGUCACUCACCGAUUGAACACAAUCAAGACUGCCGAUGUCAUCAUAGUCAUGGCUGCGGGCCAAAUUGUCGAGCAGGGCACACACAGCGAGCUCAUGGCCCGACAAGGACACUACUUCAAGAUGUACCAGUCGUCUCGCGCAGACGCGGUCUAG